GUGAGGGAGUUGCUCCAGCUAUUGCUCUCUACCCCACCUAACCCAUGCAGACAGUUUCACCACCCGAGGACUCACCAUGAAGUACCGGACGGUGGUGAUGUACAUGGAGAUCGGCUGCUUCGUCUCCUGCCUGUGUGGCUGGAUCCUGGUGUGCUCCACGCUGCCCACGGAGUACUGGACCUUCUCCGAGGUGGUCAGCAUCGUGCUGACCACCUCCAACUACUACUCCAACCUGUGGAAGGACUGCGUCUCGGACACCACGGGGGUGUCGGACUGCAAGGACUACCCCUCCAUGCUGGCCCUGCCUGGGUUCCUACAAGCCUGCAGAGCGCUCGCCGUCAGCUCCGUCAUCUUCGGGUUCUUUGGAGGCGUCCUCGCACUCGUCGGCAUGAAGUGCACCAAAAUCGGCGGGUCGGAGAUCGCCAACGCGAGGGUGACCUUCGCAGCCGGUAUAACCUACCUGGUUUCAGGGUUCUGUGGUAUGAUCACCUACUCCUGGUGGGCCAGGAAAGUCAUCUACGAGUUCUUGGACCCAAAUUACCGGAAACAGAAAUUUGAACUGGGAGCGGCUGUUUUCAUUGGCUGGGGAGGCUCAAUCCUUCUCCUCUCUGGAGGGACAGUGCUGACUUACUUCUCUGGAAAAGAAGGUCUCCCAAAAACGUCUCCGUCAAGGCCACGGAGGCCGGCCACUUACGCCACCGCCCGGACCAGACGGACCUACAUGCUGCCCGGCUCGCCCUCCAGAGGGACUAUGGGGCCUCCGCUGUUUUAUGAAGGCAGGAGGAGCCAAUCGACAACGAAGACCAGACUGACCUUCAACAGGGACAGCUUUGUCUGAGGGGGGGGGGGCUACAUUUUGGGAAAUACAUUGAUUUUGCAUUCUUUUUGCAUUUUCAGCAUUCCGUUAGCUUAGCUUAGCAUAAAGACUGGAACAAGGAGGACCAGCUAGCCUUGCUCCAUCAGAAUGUAACACAAUUGGACUCCUUGGACCUCUAAAGCUCAAUAAUCAACACGUUAUAAUGUAUUUGUUUAGUUUGAGACAGCUAGGCUAGCUGUUUACCCUCUUUGACUAAUAUUUAAGCUAAACUAAGCGUUGCUAAGCUAAGAGCUGCUGGAUUUCCCCAAAUCCCAAACUAUCCCUAUAAAUCUUGUAACGCAUGGCUGGAAAUGCAAAUUAUGUUACUAAAUCCAGAUCCUGCAAUAAGUCUGUUGUUUAAAAAACAAAAACAUGUUGUACUAGCUGUUUUUUUUGCUUUUCAUCAUGCAGCAUCCACUGCCUGUUGACCCUUUGAUUCUUUCCAGUCUGUUUUGUUUUAUUGAAACCGGCUGAAAGGCUCAGUGCAAAAGGAGAAACAUUCAACAUAAUGCACUCCCUUCCGGCUCGAUGUCAUCAUAGCAUGCGAUACGACUUAGUAUUCGUUUACAAAGCUGUACAAAGUUAAGAGUUCUCCAUACUUUAUUCACCUCACCUUCGUCUGGCAUUCCUCAGGGUUGUGUUUUGGGUUAUUGUUUCUUUUUGUACAUUAUUAAUCCGUCUUGGGACUUAUAGGUCACCACACAUACUAAAAAUAUUUUAUAAAAUGCCACCUUUUUAAAAAUGUCUUCUUGAUAAAAGUUAGAUGAAAAUAUUGUUAACAGCGUCCCAUAUGGGGGUUCCAUUCUUUGGUACUUUGUGGCUUCAUAAUUCAGAGUUCUUAAUUUGCACCUGAACUUCCAUUGAGUCGCCAGAAGAUGGCCCUCCAACGACUGGUAAUGUUUUGUGUAGUUCGUAGCUCUGUUGGUCUCAGGUCACUGGUCCUCCUCAGACUCCACCCCCGUGAAGUUUCAUCAGGAUGGAGGAUGCUUGAGAAUGUUUGGUGAAUAAAGCCUGGUGUGCUGGAGAAGAAUCAUUAAAUAAGCCUUAGGGCGUUUGACCUUUGCAAAAAGAGCCAAUGACCUUCAUGGAGGCCCACUGGUGUCAGAACAGGAAGCCGUCACAGCUGCUACUCCCCGCAAAAGACCAAGCUGCUCAUAUUACAAAUGAGUGUCGCGGUUGGGGUCAGCCAAUCAGAACAGAACACCGGAAAUAAAGUUUGAAGCGUGUACGUCUGCUGUGAUUGUAGCCAAACCACACUGCAUUUAUUUGAAUGAAAAUCUACGAGAUUAUCACUGUAAAUUAAUGCAUUAAUAUCAAAUGUGCUUCAGGUAUCAAAGUUAAAUGACUCAUUAAGCUGUACUUUUUAUGUUGUGGUUGGUCGAGGUCAUUUUAACUACUUCCUGUUGUUUUAGUUUAAUAAUCUUUUAUGAAUUGAUGACAUGUUUUGUAUGUAAUUCUGAUCAUUAUUGUUAUUCACAAACACUGAAGGACAGGACUAAAAUAUGCAUGAUGACCGUGUCAUUGUUAGAACAUCUGCACCCGUUCAUCCAGGAUUUGUUUUGUAGUUCUUCUGUACAGAAUUCUUACUU